UUAAAUCUCUCUACAUUCAACAUGUCUGGACGCGGUAAAGGAGGAAAAGGAUUGGGAAAGGGAGGUGCCAAGCGUCAUCGAAAGAUCUUACGUGAUAACAUCCAGGGUAUCACCAAGCCCGCCAUCAGACGUCUUGCACGACGAGGUGGAGUCAAGAGGAUCAGUGGACUGAUCUACGAAGAGACCAGGGGAGUCCUGAAGGUCUUCCUGGAGAACGUGAUCCGUGAUGCAGUUACCUACUGCGAGCACGCCAAGCGAAAGACCGUCACCGCCAUGGACGUUGUCUACGCUCUGAAGCGACAAGGUCGUACCCUGUACGGUUUCGGAGGAUAAGCAGCCUGCUGCUUUCCACCUACCUGAUCUCGAGCUUGCUCGAUUUCAAACAACGGCUUUUCUCAAAGCCCCACAAAAAUCAAAAAAGAAAACCUGUCUAACUGUAUUACAGUACAACAAUAUUAUUC